UGUCUUUGUUCUGUCAGUUCUGGACCUCCACUAUAAUUGUCCGUACGUAUUGUGUGAUAAAAAAGUGCCAGUUUUAUGUUAUCAGCCGGCUGUAUUAAAUAGAAUGCUAGUAUACCGCAUUAUCUUUAACUGAGAAGAACAAAUGAAAGGCAUCAUGCUUAUUUUUAUUUUCAUUGUAUGCCGCCUUGAUGGUAUACAGGCAAAUACACAUUGGAUGGUCACUGAAAGUGGCUUAAUACAGCCAAAGGUUGAUUCUCCAUUUGAAUUGGCUCGACCAUACGAUCUAUUAGCUUUCAUAGACCAAGAAUCAUAUUGGAAUGAAAUUAUAGAUAUUUUUAAUGAUUUGUCAAAAAGGCAAAUAAUAAUUGACAAAUUGUGGAACGAUGUGGACAAAAACACUGAUAUUGGUAUGAUAGUUAUCUCUGAUAGAAAUUGCUUGCAAGCCGGUCAGCUUAAACUCUUGGACUGGUAUGUAGCAUAUUCUGAUGAUGGUAGUUCUCGGGAUAUACCAGACAAUGUGUACCAAGUUUCACGUCCUCUCUUUACAAUGGAUCUACAUGUCCCAGACUGCAAGAAAAUAUCAUCAUUAAUUUUCAGUAUGUCUACAUUUGAACAUUUGGAGGGCAUGAUACAAAGAGAUAAUUUGACUAUACCAGAGGAGGUUCGUCUACCUGAGAAGUUGGCACCAAUAAUGACUCUAGAUCAGUUUGGUAACUGGGUGACUCAUAUUCUUAAGAAGAACAACACUUCAUGGCUGCAUUAUAACUUGGCUUCAAUGUAUUGGCGACUGAGAGGUAAAGCUCCUAAGGCAAUUGAGUGCAGUCGCCGGGCUAUACAUUAUGCACCAAGAGAAUUUAAAGAUUUAGCAUUAUUAGGACUGGGAACGAUACUACAUGUUAGUAAAAUGACAGAAGAUGCAGUGAUUGUGUUAAAUGCAGCGGUAGACCACAAUCCAAACUCAUAUUUAAAUCAUUUUCAUCUAGCAAACGCUUAUGCGGUGCUUUGCGAAUUUAAUAAUACAAAUAAACAUUUGAAUGAUUGUCUGAAAUUGAAUCCUUCAUUCAAAAUUGCUACUAAACAUAGACAUGGUGCAAAUUGUCUAGCAAAUAUAUGGAAGAAAUUGUUAGUGGUAAAAGUAGCAUUAAAUCAAUUGCGUGAUGAACUAAUAAUAUACACUCAGAAAGAGGGUCAAUUACUGAAAUUACAAACAUCAGUACUAAAGGCAAUGAAACUGGACCAGGGACAUGAUUAUAUGAGUGUCGUGAAAAACUGUGAGAAAAUGUCGGAAUUAAUCGGUCUAGAUAUUAAAUCCCUUAAAGUUAAGGGUGAUAGGAAUUCACUUAUCAAGUACUUUCUUGAUGGACCAAUAUACAAUGACCUGUGGUCAGAUAAAACCAGUUUACAUGCGAUCGAAGCGGCUUAUAGUCUGCAAAGACUGGCCAGACAUAUCGACAAGCAUUCCAGUUUAGCUUCAGAACUAAUGGCCCAGUCUGAUUUACUGCGGUCUGCGGAACAUAAAGCAUUUAAGGAACAUUUGAUGCCUUCAACACCAGAGAUACCAAGUAAGGCAAACACAGAUGCAAAACAAGAUACAAAGUUUGAUAAAAAAACAAGUAAUGUUGAAGAUGACUUGAAAGUGUUUGAAGUUGGAGUGCAGUUGUUCCCAGCGACAAUGAAAAUAAAUCGGAACUCUGAAGAUUUCGACAGUGAACCAGAAUGGCCGUCUAAAGCUUUCUGUAAAGAACAGGAACCUAAUUUUCCACAGAACGUAGAAGCUAUAUAUCCUGUAUUUUUGCCGUUUGAAAACAAGGGACUAUUGUUAGGUACACUCCUGACGGAGAAGCUGGGUGUACCAGCGUCAGUGGAAUACGAGCUGCCAUGGCACCCGCCUACCUGCCCACACGACAAGGCUGCUGUAUUCACACAGAAGAAAAAGAGUCAGCUGGUCGGUGAAGUUAUAAAAACGGACCAUGUAAAGCAGAAGUUGCUGGAGUACGCGGGCAACGGGAACAGCGAGCUGGUCAGACACAUGGACGACGCUGAGAUCGGCCACAGGAUAUAUGCAGCUAUGCAAAAGAGUCUGGCACCUAAAUGGAUUCUGUACACAUUAUCGUCACUGUACUGGCGUGCUCGAGACAACAAUGUGAACGCGCUGCACUGCCUGCUGACAGCCAACAAGACUGUCCCGGUGCGGUAUAAGGACAUAGUGCUGGUCUCCUUGGCCUCCGUCUGCUUGGAGAUGGGAUACUUCGAAGAAGCUCUGACAGCCGCUGAAGAGGCAUUCAGACUUAGCUUGUAUGAACCGGCGACAAACUUCAUUCUGUCAGAACUGAACAUGCUGAAGAAGCACCGGCACACGCAGAUGUUCCACCUGAAGCAGGUGGUGCGCGUGCAGGGGCAGUUCCAGGGCGGGCUGGCGCGCCGCCUGCUGCACACCUGGAGCUGUCUGCUCAAACUGGAAAAUCAUUUACCUGAUUUCGAUUACGGUUCCAGUGCCGAUGUGUGCACGCAGCUGGAGCCGGGCGUGAACAUGGUGUGCGAUAGAGAGGGCACUAACUGUCACGUCACCAACGUUAAAUGUCCCUCUUAUGCUGAACCAGCGGAUAAAAGCACAUUAGUUCGUCUACUGGAACUAAAGGACGAGAGUAUCCGACAAGCGGCCGUCGACAACUUGGACGAGGAUCUGUUCGAGCCCUUCGUGAAGAACAGGCCGCGCGACCGCGGAGACUACCUCGGACACCAGCUCAACCUCGACACCAUGAUGAUCACCAUCACCAAUGCGCUGAAGACCUGCGGACCCAGGGGCUGUCAUAAUGUGGAGGCGGAAGACAUGGGUCUGAAGGAGGAGGACUGCACCUACCACCACCUGCAGCUGGGCUACUGGCUGCACAUCGUCAGCUUCAAGCAGCCCUUCUCUGACCCUAACUUGCGCCUGCCAGCGGACAUAGUAUUGCUGUCUCCCUCGCACAACAAGGUGCCGGAGUGCCGCGUGCCGCGCGACGCCGCGCGCGACUACUUCCUGGAGCGCGUGACGCGCGUCGACGCCGACCACUGGGAGCCCGUGCUCACGCUCAUGCACCAGUUCGCUGAAAUGUUCAAUUACUUCGACUACGUCACGCUGGGCGCUAAGAUAUCCAAGUAUCUGGAAAAUAAGCCGCGGUCGUGGUCGGGCGCGCUGUCCGCGGCGUGGUGGUGCGGCGCGAGCGGGCGCGGCGCGUGCGCGGUGCGCUGCCUGGCCGCCGCGCUCGCGUACGUGCCGCACGCGCACGCGCACCACGUCUGGCGCGCCAUCGUCGCACUGCUGCACACGCAAUCAAAACAAAAGGACGCUAAGGAUAUUGCGUACCUCUCGUUCUAUCUUUCGCCGAAGAGCAAAGUUGAGGCUUUCCUGGUGGCUGUAUCCCACACUUGCGUUGCGGAGUACGAGCAUGCGGUGUGGAUGUACCGGUACGCGCUGGCGCACGACGCGCGCUACUUGCCGGCCAAGGCGUGUCUGCACGCGACCGUCUGCCUCAUGCUCUAUGGCGACAAUGCCAAAGAGUAUAAACUUCAUACCAAAGAGUAAACAUGUUGUGCCAUUGAAGAGUUCGUGUAGUUUGAAAGACAGAUAAAAAUAUUUUAAUCUUUGUCUAUUACAAACUGGAACAACAAUGAUGUGAAGAUAUUCAGAUGCAAUAACCGAUAUUCGAUGUAAUUAAAAUCGAUAUUUAACGGUUUUGGAUCUUUUUAUUGGUUAUUGUCUUAGCCGAAACGAUUCUAAUGAAAAUUUAGUUGAUGUGAUUUUGACAAAAUGUAAUUAAAGUUACAUGAAUUUUUAUUUUUCUUUCAAAUUGGCACGAACUUUUCAGUUUACCAUACAUGUAGUCAUCACAAUUUACCUUUUUAAACUUCAUCCAACUGUUAGAUUAAGGAAGAAUAAGUACAAUGUUUUCCUCAUAGUUUUUAAUUAUAUGAUUAUUCAAUUAUUCCUGAUAAUACUACAAAUCUUCAUAAGAUUUACUUCCAAUGUGCAGGCGUUGUAAUGCAAUCAUCGUCAUUGUUUUUGUUAUUUUUAUAACAUAAUUUUGUUGUAAUUACAUUGUACAGAAGUACUUUUGUACUUCAGCAACAGUAUAACUAACAAUAUUAAAAUUAUUAUAUUUAGAAGUACUUUUGUACUCCUGUACAUAAUAAUUUUACUAUU